AUGUUAGGGAUAUUUUUUUUGUCUCUUUUUGUCUUCUUUACUGUGUGUCUUUCUUUCUUAGAUUUUGUACUUUCUCUUUCGAUUAUAUAUUUUUACUUUCUUUCUUUCUUCCCUGAAUUUCAUGUUUUUUUUGUUUUUUACAUUUUUCUCUUUCUUUCUCUUUUUCUCACUUUUUCUUUUUCAUCUUUUCCCUCUUUUAAUCUUUUUCUCUUAAUUUUUCUUUUUUCUCUUUUUCUUUUUUCUCUUUUUCUCUUUUUCUUUUUUCUCUUUUUCUCUUUUUCUUUUUCUCUUUUUCCCUUUUCUUUUUCUCUUAUACUUUCUCUUUUUCAUUUUUUCUUUUUCUCUUUAAAUUUUUCUCUUUUACUCUUUAACUUUUUCUCUGAAUUUUUUUCUUUCUUCUCUUUUUCUCUCUUCCUUUUGUCUCUCUUCCUUUUGUCUCUUUUUUCUUUUUUUCUCUUUUUCUUUUUUUUCUUUUUCUUUUUUCUCUUUUCUUUUUUUCUCCGUUCUUUUCUUCUCUCUUCCUUUUUUUCUCUUGUUCUUUUUUCUCUUUUUCUUUUUUCUCUUUUUCUUUUUUUCUCUUUUCUUUUUUUCUCUUUUUCUUUUUUCUCUUUUUCUUUUUUCUCUUUUUCUUUUUUUCUCUCUUCCUUUUUUCUUCCUUUUUUCUUGUUCUUUUUUUCUUUUUCUUUUUCUCUUUUCUUUUUUCUUUUUUUUUUUUCUUCCUUUUUUCUCUUCCUUUUUUCUCUUCCUUUUUUUUUUCUUUUUCUCUUUUUCUUUUUCUUGUUCUUUUUCUCUUUUCUUUUUUCUUUUUCUUUUUCUCUUUUCUUUUUUCUCUUUUUUUUUUUUCUCUUUUUCUUUUUUCUCUUUUUCUUUUUUUCUCUCUUCCUUUUUUUCUCUUCCUUUUUUUCUCUUCCUUUUUUUCUCUUGUUCUUUUUUCUCUUGUUCUUUUUUCUCUUGUUCUUUUUUCUCUUUUCUUUUUUUCUCUUUUUCUUUUUUCUCUUUUUCUUUUUUCUCUUUUUCUUUUUUCUCUUUUUCUUUUUUUUUCUCUUUUUUUUUCUUUUUUUUUUUUUUCUCUUUCUUUUUUCUCUUUCUUUUUCUCUUUUUCUUUUUCUUUCUUUUUUUUUUUUCUUUUUUCUCUUCCUUUUUUUUUCUCUUCCUUUUUUUUCUUCCUUUUUUUUCUUUGUUCUUUUUUCUCUUUUUUUUUUCUCUUUUCUUUUUCUCUUUUCUUUUUUCUUUUUCUUUUUUCUUUCCUUUUUUCUCUUCCUUUUUUUUCUUCUUCCUUUUUCUCUUGUUCUUUUUUCUCUUGUUCUUUUUUCUCUUGUUCUUUUUUCUCUUUUCUUUUUUUCUCUUUUUCUUGAGAUAGCUUAUUAUGGAGUAGUAGUUCACAAGGCUAGUCUUGUUGGUCAAUACUACUGA